AGAGAGAGAGAGAGAGAGAGAGAGAGGAAGAGUAGGGCAGACCUUAAGAGAGACAGUGACAGCAUCAGCAACUGGAGCAGCAGUCUCUUUCAGGCUUAAGGAGGAAGUGCACUGUGUGUUUCUGUGGAUUACAGGAGCUUCAGUAAAGCCUGGCUGGACUGGAGGGAGUUUUGACUCAUCUUGGCACAUCUGAGCUUUAAACUUCAAAUCUCUUUUCUUUCAAUCUGCUGUGUCUUCUAGCUCAGUCUGUCUCUCUUUCCGUUCCUGUAUCGUCUGUCCUCUCUCUCUGAGAGCAUUCAGGUGAUGAGAUGAGCUGGAUGCUAGCUGUUAGCAACACAGGGUACUAAAAGAGGAGAAGGGAGUAUGCCGGCCCCCCUCAGGAUGAGGAGGGGGGCCUGCAGGUCGGCUAUCCCAUCCCUCUCCACCAUCGCUGAGGAAGAGGAGGGUCAGCUGAGCCGUAAAAGACGGAGGAGAGGCGGAGGCUCUGACUACCACCUCAGAGCAGAUGACAAGUCAUCAUGGAGUCGACCCGAGUCAUCUGCCUCAGGACAGAACACCUACACUGUUCGCAGUCCUACAGAGAUCCACACUGUUACCAGACCAGAGCCUCUGAUGCUGAAGAACGAUGAAAGGCAGAGACUCGCUCGUGAGCGAAGGGAGGAGCUGGACAAACAGAAUGCUGCACGAGAUUCGAAGUGGCUUGAGCGAGAGGAGAGAGCGCGACAGUUUUACGAGAAACAGUUGGAGGAGCGGAGAAAGAAGCUGGAGGAGCAGCGGCUAAGAGAGGAGAGGAGACGCGCCGCUGUGGAGGAAAAACGUCGACAGAGACUAGAGGAGGAGCAGGCACGGUAUGAAGCAGUUAUCAGGAGGACCACUGAGAAGAGUCAGAGAGUCAGGCCGAAAUCAAACCGCUGCAGCUGGGGCGGAACACUCUCGGCUAGCACCUCACACAAUAAUGGUUUUGAUGAAUCUGCUCUCUUACCGUUGGACCUAGCUGGGCUGGAACACUAUCAUGGUGUUUUUAGUGUGGAGCGUCAGCAGCAGUUUUGCUCUAAAUAUGCUGAAAGAAGGUCAGUAUCCACCAUGAAUCUGUCCAAGCACAUGGACCCAGUCAUUUCCAAACGUCUCUCCUCCUCUUCAGCAACACUGCUGAAUUCACCAGAUAGAGCCUUACAGAAGCAGACGUCUCUGUCAUCGUCUUGCUUGUUAAAACAAACACUGUCUAAAUCCAAAAUCUCCAGAGAGAAGAUCCCUCAGGACAAAUCAGCAGGUAUACGUCGCAUGCCUCUGACCCCAUGGGAGAAUUCGGUGGUCAAUCGACUUCAGACACCAACACACUCGUAUCUGGCCAGGAGUCGCAGCGCCAUGUCUUUGUCUGGUGAUGCAGUGAACCCCAUUUGUCCUCGCUCAGCCUCCUGUCACCCAAUGAGCGCAACGUCCUUCAAGUCCCUCCAGUCACGCAGCACCGAGCGACCAAUCAGAACAAGCCUUCAUUUUGAGAAACCAAUCAGAGCAAACGUUGCUUUAGACACCCGCACUCGCAGAAGGACCACCCAGAUUAUCCAGGUCGACAGAAAGGAUAAGGACAACGUCAGAAAGUCAUGGAGUAACUUGUCAUAUCCCACUCCCACUCUGAGCCUCUUCACGCCCAAGAGAGCUCCUUCACCCGGCGGGAACCGCAGCAGGGUCACCAAUCCAUCACCCAACAGGAGCUCCACUACUAAACCAUCUCAAAAGUCUCAUAACCCUAAAAAGUCCAGAUCUCCAACCCCACCAGCAUCCAUGCAUCUGUCUGCUAGCAACCCCUCCUUAUCGCCGGGUAACCUCAGGCCCAACAGAGUAACACCGGAGAGCCCGAGAGUCAGUCCAGAGGGAGAGGGGGGCAAAAAAGGGGAGACGUUGACAAGUGCUGACCCUCCCAAAACUAAACCAGAAACUCCUGUGACCAAACCUGAACCUUCCGCAGAAAGUGCUGGAAGUCCUCCAUCAGUACGACCCUAUGCAGGCACGACAGAUCCAGAGGAAGCAUCUCGCCUGCUGGCUGAGAAACGUCGGCAGGCCCGAGAGCAGAGAGAACGAGAAGAGGAAGAAAGGAGACAACAGGAAGAGGCUGAAAGGCGCGGCAGGGAGGAGAUGGCCCGCAGGAAGGCAGAAGAGAGAGCAAAGAGAGAGGAGGAGGUGCAGCGGCAGGCAGAGGAGAGGAGGAGACUGGAGGAGGAGGAGAAGCGUUUAGAGGAGGAGAGGGCUCAAAAAGAGAGAGAGGAAGCCGAACGCCUGCAGAAACAGAAAGAAGAAGAGGAGGCUCGGCAGAGAGAGGAGGCUGAGCGUUUGCGUCUGGAGAGAGAGAAGCACUUUCAGAAAGAGGAGGCAGAGAGACUCGAGAGGAAGAAGCGCCUUGAGGAAAUCAUGAAACGCACACGGCGAUCUGAUCAGAAGACAACCCCUCAGAGAAACGGUGAUGUCAGUCGGGAGGGAGGACAAGAUUCAACAAGUUCAAUGUCAGGUAGCCCCUCAGUGAGUGUGUCCACAUCUCAGGCUCCUGAGACAGAUCGCAGUGACAGUAAUGGACACACAGGCCCCAGCUUCAUUACACCCAUACUGCCCACUGCAGGUCACAGUACAGUCCUGGCUGGCCAGCUUAGAGAAAAUGGCAUUGCCACAGAGAAAGAGGCCUUUGAGGAGGUCAUAGAGGUUCCCAUGGCGACCAAACUGUCUCGUCAGGAUGGGGACGGGGAGGAGAUGGAAAAGAAGGAGGAAGAGAAGAGGAAAGUUCCCCUCUUGGCCUUCACAGAGAAUGGAAGCGCACACAGUAGGAAUGAACUGGAGGAGACCCCGGCACAGUAGAGAGCAGAUAUUGUAUGAGGGUUCUGUAAUACUGGAUGUGCAAAAUGCAACUCAGCAAAGAGAGAUAUGAAAUGUCAGAGAGAAACCCUUCACUGUACAUCCCUGCAUCUGACACGAUCUGACAAGCAGACCCUUAACACUACAAGAGAAAUGAAGAGAACCUCUGAGCAUCUCCUCACAGAUGGGACAGAUCUGAUGGAUUCGGCUCGUUUCUCCUCAAUCUGAGGUGGUAUGAUCCGGAAAUGGAUUAAACCAAUUAUCUACUGUCACAUGGGGGGCACCUCUGUUGUUGUGACUGCGAAGUCACAUCUAAUACUUGAAGAAUUGUUUCUUUCCUGUGUUUCAAACUUAAGGAAUGUGAAUGCCGGUUGGUUGUAUUUGUGUAGAUUUAUAGCAAAACCUAGUUUUGCACUCAUUUCUGCCAGCGAUUAAGUGGCUGGAAGUUUCUCCUUAGUUUUAUAAUUAUUGUUCAAGAAUGAAGAGAAAAUAUUUUCUUUCCUCUUUGUGAAGCUCAAACUGAUUUUCGCCUCUAUGAAUUUAGCUUCAAAGCUGCGAAGAUGUCUCAUGUCACCCCAACAUAAACAGCUUUUUUUGCAGUCUUGGCAAAGCCUGGACCCAAAAUAUGACAUUAUUUUUUCCUCAUAAAGUUGUGUGACUGUCUUGAAACCUCUCAAGAUUAUAUUCAGGUCGUAUGUCACCCCAAAAGAAAAAAAAUACAGAAGUUACAUUUUGCAUAUAAAAAAUUAAAGACUCAAUCUACAAAAUGUAUUUUGUGACAAUUAGACAUAUUUCUCUCCAGUUCUCCUUACCUUAAUACAAUAAGCAUGAUGUCAUGUUAAAAAUAGUGUAAAGUAUUUAUAUAUUAGAGUGCUAUUUGAUUUACUGUGUGUACUUUUCAUUUAAACAUUAAACAAUCAAAUAAUAUUAAUUCCCUAAAAAUAUCCGUAUGCAAUAUAAUAGGGAGAAUUUGAAGAAAAUUUGUCAUUCAAAUGUUAUGAUGCAAAAAAAUAUGCGUGUCUGUUAAAUAGGCUUAAUUUACUUAAUGCAAAAUACAUUUGUAUUUUUUAUGUUUUGGGGUGACAUGAUAUUGACGUGUUUCGUUGGAUUCACUUCGUUUGCUAGCCGUGUUGUUCAUGUAACUUAAAUCACAGAUUUCCAUCCGAGGGGAGCCUGGCUGUAACAUAGAACAUGUCUACUUCAUCAGGAGAAUCCAUGUAAUCUAAUCCAAUCAUUUAAAAUCUAUACAAAUAAUGAAAGCUUUAUUUAUAAUAAAAUAAGAGCAGAAUGUUUAAAUUUGAAAUGCUGCUACCUUCGUCUUUUCUUUGCCUUACCCGAUGAAGUUGUAGGAUUUAUUAGUAAACCUGUUUAUCUGUUUACUUUGUUUUUGUUUUGUGGAAAUCCACCUUUAACAAACUCUGUCUGUAGCCCUAUCAAUGCUGCUGUCUUUAUUCAGUAAGAUACCGAGAUUCCAAAAGAUGAUAUAUCACUCAGUAUGAAUACCAAGUAUCCUAGAUAGGAAAUGGUACCUUAACAGAUUGAUCUUGUAAACAACACGUGUUUGAUUAUGUUUUUAUUGUAGUCUGUAUGGUUUUGGUUUUGCGUCAAGCACAACGCUUUUGAUAAGACAUCAGGGGUUGAAGAUGAAGUCUGCUGGUUUAUUUUCAAGCUCUUUUGACAUGUAGUAGUCAUCCAUUAGACAGCUCUGAGGACCACUGCAAAAACUACCGACCAAGUUGAUCUCUUGCAUGUACAGUUGAUGAAAAGAAAUAAAAAAAGUUGUUUAGAAACAAAUAAAAGUGCCCGACCUUAUGUGCUUACAAAAAUAUAUCUAACAAAUGUUUUGGGUUAGUAGAGUAAGAGGUUUCUUUUAACUGAGCCCUGGAUUUGCUUUCUUGUGUUUUAACAUAAUGCUUUUUUCAGGAUUGCCCUUAAAUGAUUCUGAAAAUUUUCGGUCACAAGAACAUAAAGUACUGGAUUUAAACAGCAAUGUGAGAAAGCUACACUGUAAAAAAACUGUAAUUUUACAGAUUACAUAUGUUCCAAG